AUGGCUAUUGAUCUUGAUAUUAACACACGACUGGAUGAAGCUCAAUUCUUAACAAACUUUGACUAUAGUAUUGAUGAGUGGGGUGCUAUGACAGCUUCGCAGUUUGGCGGAUAUUAUGAUAUAUGGGCUCUUCGUGAUAAAGUGGUUAACUAUGACUGUUGGUAUAGAGCAACAAACAUUAUUAUUAGACUCAUCACACUCAAUCGAGGAGUGGACACAUACAUUAGUGUACAUCAAAAGUCGAUUCCUCCCGAUCAUCCACUCAUUCCAGUUGACUCAGCGUUCGGUGGCACUGCUAUUUAUCAAAUUAAAUACAUUAAUGGUUGUUCAUACUCUGGAUAUCAGUCACACCAAAUCUGUGAACAUGUCCCAUUUAAUUUAUGUGUAACACGAAAUAAGGGGCAGAUAUUCAUUAAUCCAAAGUUUCAAGUUGAUUGA